GCUGGUGUUGCUGCCGCCGCCGCCGAGGCCGCCCCCCCCCCCCCCCCGCAGAAGGAGGCGGAUCUGCUGGCGAGGUUGGCUGCCCUCAUCCCAAACAUGUGGCCUGGAAGGAUAACCUGUCCCAUUCCCGACGUAAGCCCCGUCACGUGGGGAGUAGAAUAACUCCGAGGCAAUUGCAUUUUGGGAAAAAGAAAAUGCCAAAGAAAAAGAAAAACUUUGGCGCGAGCCCUUCAAGAAAAAACACAAACCCAGAGACAGUUUCUGCGACUGAUGCCUCGUCCUCACCAGCCUCGUUACAUGGAAUCAAUAAAGAAAAACUCAUCAGCGGGCUUUCCGAAAUGUUCUCAGAUUUGGAUCCGACGGUCAUUUACAUGGUGCUGUCUGAAUGUGACUUCAGAGUGGAAGAGACUAUGGAUUAUCUACUGGAAUUGUCCACAGCUGCUAAGGAUACAGUAUGUUCAACAAAAGUGUCAGGUUUUGAUUCCCUGUCCGCAUUGCUCAUUGGUGGAAAUAACUCAAGCUGCAGUACUCAUGAACUUGAGGGUCAUGAUACUACUGCAGUUGCGAAGAGUAGUGAAGAACCCUCAUCCUCUGAAGAACUGGCACUCUUGAUAGAUAAUUCUCUUGAGGACCGCAGUGGAAAAAGUGAAGCAAAGAAAUCAGAAAAUGAUCAUCAUCUAGGUAGCCUGAAUCUGGCUCGGGACCACAAUAAUUCCAAUUGCACUGAAUUAUAUAUGAACUCCAACGGAACAGCAAUAGAAAACUGGUUGACUGCCUUAAAACCAAGUUAUAAGGAAGCCGCUGAGUCGACAUCCAUAUCAGAGAUUGAGACAAAGGAUAUUCUGACACAAAGCCCAGAGAGUAACACUUUGCCAGAAGUUGUACUCGACAGUGGUGCCGUUUCGGAAAGUGUGAUGUUAGCCGACAAGGCCGAGUCUUACACUGAGCCAAAUCAAACACACAAUGUUUUAUUUGACUUUACAGCGGUAAGCACCCUGACUGCUCAACGUCAUCAGAUUUUUGCAAAAAUAGAGACCAAUGCCUUUCCUAAUUCUCCUGCUUCUUUGCAGGAGGCUGAAGGGCAAGAAAAUGUAGUGGCUCUCCGUGAUAAUCUGAAACAAUUCUGCGUUCCUGACCUGUGCGCAGGAUCUGGUUUGAAAUGGGCCCCUUUGACGAGGGAGACUGAUCCUCCACAGCAAACGUGGCGUUCACAGUUUUCUCUGUUUCAGAAAUACCCUCAGCGGUUUCAUUUUUAUCCAGCUUUUGAAGCGCAAUGGGGAAAUCAUAGCUUUGUGACUCCUAUCGCAGUCAGUCCUGGGAGGUGGAGGCCAGCUUCGGAUUGUGGGAGUCAAGGAAAGACAUUUUGCUCUCCGGAAGUUUCUAAAUCCUGGGAGAGCCUCUCUUGUGUGCCAAAGAGAUGUGCAAAUAAAAACGGGCGACCAAGACAUCAUUUUUCUCAAGACCACCAAUUGCCUGGUGGUCACAUAAUGAACAGGAGGACCUUCGCAGGUCAUGUACUGGUUCUCCUUCGAGGGCUUCCUGGAUCGGGCAAAUCCUAUUUGGCAAGGGUUUUGCUUGAGGAUAAUCCUUGUGGGAUCAUUCUUAGCACAGAUGACUAUUUUUAUCAAAAGAACGGGCAGUACCAGUUUGAUGCUGACUGUUUAGCUGACGCACACGAGUGGAAUUGGAAACGUGCCAAAGAAGCCUUUGAGAAGAGGAUCACUCCUAUAAUCAUAGACAAUACAAACACACAGGCUUGGGAAAUGAAGCCUUACAUUGCUUUGUCACAGCAACACAAAUACAAAGUUAUAUUUCGUGAACCGGAUACAUGGUGGAAGUUUAAACCAAAGGAAUUGGAAAGUGGAGAACCCACGCUGUUUGAGCAGCUGCACCCAGGCAAAGUGGACGACGUGCUGUCCCUGUACGCUGCUGAUUUUCAAGAGCAGGAAAGUUUAUCUACAGCUGGGUCGGCUGAAAGCUCGGCAGCUUCCGAUGUUUUCCCUUACAUGGAUCAUUGGAACGUCCACACUCAGAGAGUCUCACUUCGGGAGAUCAUGUCCGAAGAAAUUGCACUGCAAGAAAAACUAACAGGGAAACCUUUUCCUUGGAUUGCUAAAAAAGACUGUGCUGCUAAACUGAAGGAAAAACAACUUUUGGAGUUAUUCCCAACCAUUAACGCAAACUUUUUGAUGGACAUCUUCAAGGACUACAAUUAUUCCUUGGAACAAACUGUCCAGUUUCUCAAUAGCGUUCUAGAGGCAGAUCCCAUAAAAACAGUGAUAGCGAAAGAGCCUGCUCAGAAUGCCAGACGUUCUCCUAGCAACACUUCCAAGACCCGGGAUAAAAAGGCUAAGAGGACUAAAGAGCUGGAAGACAUUCUGAGCGAGAAGGGAUUCCAAGACACGCAGUAUCCAGGCUACGAGGACUUCAGGGCCGAGGCCUUUCUUCACCAACAGCAAAGGCAAGAAUGCCUAAGAAAAGCAGGAGAAGCGUAUCGCAUGGGGAUGAAGCCAGUCGCGGCAUUCUAUGUGCAACAGGGUCAGCUUCAUGAGCAGAAGAUGAAAGAAGCCAACCAAGAUGCGGCUCAGCAAAUCUUUGAGAAAGUCAACGCUGCCAAGCUGCCCAUCAACUUUUUGGAUCUGCAUGGUCUUCAUGUGGAUGAAGCUUUGGCUCACCUCUCUAGAGUCCUGCAGGAGAAAACCAAAGAACACAGCCUGGCAGGCGGCAUACCGUACCUCUACGUGAUCACUGGAAGGGGAAACCAUAGCCAGGGAGGAGUUGCUCGGAUCAAGCCAGCAGUUACGAAAUACCUCACCAGCCACAAAUUCAGGUUCACAGAAAUAAAGUCGGGCUGCUUUAAAAUCUUGUUGGAAUAGACAGGAAGUCACCAAGAAUGAUCGGAAAAACUGAGGUUACCAAAGCAGAAACAACUUCGCGUUUUAAUGGGAUAAAAAUGUGUGACUUGUCAAAAACAAGGUUUCACUGGAAAGGGCUUAACCGUCAGCAGGUGUUUGUGUCAGUGUGUUUUUCUCUACCAAAUCUUUGUGUGUGUGUGUGUGUGUUUGAAUGAGGAGUAUUUUUAUAAGUCUUCUGCUUAUCAAGAAAUGCACCCAGGAAUUACCUUGAGAACAAAAAAUAACAUUCUCAAUGGAAAGCAAAGGUUCCAAUCGGAAAUGCUCUGCCCUUUUCAUAAAUAUCUGGAAUAUAGUGCUUUUUUUAAUGGUCUCUAUUCCAUUUUAAAACAAUUCUUGAAAUUAUGGCCGAGCUUACUUUGGAUGCUUCAAAGAAUUCUAUCAUCUUUCAGGUGAUAAGAGUUAACGAUUAUUUGCCUCCUGUGUGUUUUUCACAAGAAUCCUUGGCUCACUUCCGAAAGGAGGAAAAAAUGGGUUGCAUUUAUUUUCAGGCAAAAAAGAAAAGAAAAAGAAAGGUAGUAGCUUGUAUCUCAGCUUUUCAGAUCUUUUCUCUUCUUUCCUUUUAACUCUCUAAUGCAUUGACAGGCUGCCGGAUAGGACAGUAAAAAUGUGAUGAGGAAUAACAGGGAGGGUCUAUUAUUCACUUAGAGCUUUGGCCUUGACUGCUUAUUUGGAUAAGUGUCAUUUGCUAGAAUCAGGGGCCUUUUCAAAAGCCCCUGUUAUUGCAAGGAUAAUUCUCUACUUGGGAGCUUUUGAUGCUCCCACAGAACUCAAUAUGAGCAGGCUGACCCUAUCAAUAUUAAGAUCUGCCACAAGUGCAAUAAGCUUUGAAAAUGAAUACAGAAGUGUACAUUCAGGUAUAUCUUUGCAUUUUGGCUUCUAGAGAUGUGAGCAAAACUCCAGCCUACAAUGGUUAUUGCCAAUACUUCUGGAAAAGAAAUAUGAAGGAACCCCACCUGUCCUAACGCCAUAAAAAUGACGCAUGUUCCUUUUAAAGAAAACACCAGCAUCCGUUUUAUGACAGCAUAUAAAAAAUAUGAUCAGCUCUGAGCACAUACUCAUGUCAUUAAGUAGAACACAAGUAGAAGACUCCUAUGGCAGCUAUUCAAAUUAUUGUGCAUCGACUGAUAUUUUCAUUUUCAUGUUGUCAUUUUGCCAUGAAUUUACAAUGGUUUUGUCAAACUAGCAUCUGGGAAGCCAAAGCAUUAUAGUGCAUCCAUGCAAGUCUCGGCGGUAUCUUUGUGACCUGCUUUUCAAAAUCUUUUCUUAAGACAUAAUAUAAUUGUACAUUUGAUAUACUAUUCUUGUUGUUGUUUUUUUAAAAAAAGAUGAGAUUGCUGAAGGGAAUAUGUGACGGUUUAUGGUAUUUUUAAAAACACAUUUCUGAAUUGGUUACCAGAGCUGAACGUCUGCCAUGGUAUUCAGUUCCUCUCCACUGAACCAGUUAAGACAAAUGGAAAUAUUGUAAAGUCAUGUAUUGCUUUCUUUAGAAAAACUGAAUGUACAAUUUUACAUUUCUCCUUUCAAAAUAGAGCAGCAAUUUACUUUCAGAUAUUUUUUUCUUUCCACUACGCUUUUCUUUUUAAAAUGCAGAUAUUAUGUAAGCCCGCAUUAUGAAUUUCAGACAUUUUUCAGAUCCUUUAAAACGGCAUUUCAGUAAAAUCUGGAACUAAGAACGAGGAGGGAAUAAACUGCAAGCGUGCCCAAUAAAAAACUACUCCGAUCAGUAUUAUCCCAUCGAACUCAUAUUUGAAAUAGAUUAUUUUAAAACUGCCCUGAUCUUUCGAAAGACAGGACUAUGCAUCUGGGUCUGUCUUACCGUUGUUUGUGCAAGGAUCAUAAGAUAAAGUAACUUGAAUAUGAUAUAGCCAAGGGCAUCUUGUCAAUGAUUUUGUUUUGUUUCUCUCCUCCCCCCCCCCCCCAUUUGCUCUGAUAAGAGUUUCAGGGCACGUAGAUGUAACUCUGUCAAAGGUGGGAUUUCUCCCCCGAUCCCAUUCUGCCUUGCCUUAAUCCACAGUGGGAAGCUAGAAAGCUCUUCUACUUUUGUAAUGUAGACUUCACAAGUAGCCAUGGCCUGCAAGGCUCAUGCAUCCUGUUGCUGGCAAGGGUGGCUCCCCAGGAAGAAAGAAAAGGGAAGGAGGUGUAUGAGUAACCACACCUGGGACUUAUUUUCCCCAUAGGUUGUUCCUUCCCUUCUGACCAUAACGAUCCCAGAUGAUUCUCCAAAGUGAUCAGAGUCCUUGUUGGGACGUUGUUAGCACUGGAGGCCUAGAUAGGUCUUUCGUAGUGACUUUGAAUUAUUUCGCUCAAGAUGCUUAUAGGGAAGGUGGACUCUUUAGGAUUGCCUCAUGACCUGGAUCGGAUUAAGAACCGUUGGAGGAAUGAGAUGUUUGUCAGUCAGAUUCAAUAGGGCUCCAUAUUUGUCCCCAUGAUUUAAUCUCUUAUUCCACAGAGAGACGAUUUAAUCUCUCUUUCCACAACCCAAGAGCAUUGGACAAAUUCUAAAUUCAUCCUUCCAGAGAGUAUUGUGUUUUUAUUGUGUGUUUUUUCCUUCGUUGCCAUUUGCUUGCUUCCAUUACUGUAGUUUGGGGGGGGGGGGGGGGGGGGGGAGUCUGUCCUCCCAGAGCUAAAUCUUAAAAAAGAUUGUGUAACCUUUCUCGUCUCAUGUAGCAGAGGACAAUGUCAGAACGUUCUCCACCCAUUCUCAAUCAGAAGAAAACUCCCAAUUUCUUUUUGUUUUAUGAUUAUAUGGAAUUAUAUAUGGGGGAGGGAGAACAAGAGACAAAUAAUUGUACAGAUCAGCUAUUUUCUAGGUUUAAAAACCAGGAUAACUGGUUGUAGUAAGAGCAUAUUAAGUGGGGGGGGAAUGUCUGAUUAAGAUAAUUAUUGCUUCAGCUCUACCCUCAUUCAUUGAGAAAUGUGACACUUAUUUGUAAAUCUUUGUUAUGCAUGUGUUCAACAAAACAUAUUUAGGUAUCUGCUUACUUCAUUAAUGUAAUUGUUGAAACAAUGCCUCUACAAUAAUCAGGACUUACACAUUUCUAAUUAAAAACUACAUUUUGUAGUCUGAAUAACAUUGAUUGCAACAACACAACAUGCCCAGAAGUAACAUUUGUAAUGGAAAACUAAAAAUGGGGAAAAUUCUAUCUUUUAAUAUGCCAAAAUGCAUAGCAGAAUGAUUUUUUUGGGGGGAGAUUGAGGGAUUUAAAUCAUUUAUAAUGAUUUAUAUUUAUAAUGCCCUUUCAUGCAAAUCCUUCUAUAGGAGCUAGCCAAGAUGUUUCUAUAUUGUUCAAGUAGUCUGCAAAAAGGUUAGAAGAUGAUUGCACAAAUAAAACUUGAGAUUUUAAAACUUGAGAAAAAUGUUUGCUAUAGUCAUUGAAAUCUGCAAAGAUAUUAAGGGAAGUCUACUCUUAAAUAAAUUGCCAACAUUUCCAUAAUUAUAUUAAUACUUUACU